GGGACCUGUACCUGGUAGGUUUCGGCAAAGCUGUGCUGGGAAUGGCUGCAGCAGCAGAAGAGAUCCUGGGAGAUCACCUCGUUCGGGGGAUCAUCAAUGUGCCCCUAGGCAUCCAGGAGAGCCUGCAGCGAGCAGGAAUGCAGUAAGAGGGGGCUGUGUCUGGACAGUUUUUGGGGGAUAGGCUGCCAGAUUUAUCCUCUGUGGGAUGUUGCUGUGAAUCCCUUCAGUCCUUUCCACUUGCCCUUGCUCUGGUGCCCACCCUGUCCACCACACUGCCCUGGUCUUCAACCUCCAUCAUGUCCCAGCAGACCAGGAAAACAGCCCAUCUCUUGUGCUGGAUGUGCUGCCUCCCCAGCCCUGGGGAAGAGACACUUAGCAAGAGGCCACCUCCCUGUCCUGGUCACUCACAGUGCACCUCUAGUGCACCAGGGAGAUGCUCCUGAAGCCACACAGCAAAAUCCAAGUCAUCGAAGGUGCCAAGAACAACCUCCCAGACCCAGAGGCUCUGAAGGGAGCAGUUGCCAUCCAGGAGCUGGCUGAGGGUCUGACUGCAGAUGACCUGCUCCUUGUGCUCAUCUCAGGAGGUGGCUCAGCCCUACUGCCUGCUCCCAUUCCUCCCAUCCUCCUCAAAGAGAAGGAGAAACUCACAAAGAUGCUGGCUUCCCGAGGAGCUGCCAUACAGGAGCUGAAUAUUGUCCGGAAGACUCUGUCCUUGCUGAAGGGUGGAGGGCUCGCCCGGCUUGCACAUCCUGCACAGGUGGUGAGCCUCAUCCUUUCUGAUGUGAUUGGUGACCCCCUGGACAUCAUAGCGAGUGGGCCCACUGUUGCCAGCUCCCACAGUGUCCAAGACUGCCUUCAGAUACUCACCAAAUACAACCUGCUGCACAACCUGCCCAAGUCAGUAGAAACGGUUCUGUCCAGCUCUCCCACCAAGCCCACUGCUCCAGAAGACUACUCCCACGUUUGCAACGUCAUCAUCGGAUCGAACACGCUGGCUUUAGAUGAGGCCAAACGCCAAGCUGAGGACCUGGGCUACGCCACUCUGAUUCUGAGCACGGCCAUCUGCGGGGAGGUCGGCCGUGUGGCCACUCUGUACUGCCAACUGGUCCAGCUGGUCUGCCUGGGCUUGGCCAGCCUCGGAGAAGGGCCUCGGGGUGAGGAGGUGAGAGGGAAUCUCCUGCAGCUGGUGGCAGAGCUGGAGAUCCCGGGGUUGAACCUUGCCAACUUUCUACAAGCCCUACAAGGAUUAGGACCUGAGAGACCAGUCUGCAUCCUGGCCGGUGGAGAAACCACGGUUCAGCUUCAAGGAACCGGCAAGGGAGGGAGGAACCAGGAGCUGGCCCUGCGUGUGGGGCUGGGGCUGCACAGGGCACAGGCCAUGGAGACCAGCAGCCCCCUGAGGAGGUGUGAGAUCAUCUUCCUCAGUGGGGGAACAGAUGGGCAGGACGGGCCGACAGAGGCGGCGGGGGCCUUCUGCAGCCCCGAGCUGGUGGAGGCAGCACUACAGGAGGGCCUCGACGUGGAGGCCUUUCUCAGCAACAAUGACUCCUAUACCUUCUUCAGCCAGUUCCAAGGUGGGCAUCACCUCCUGGUGACAGGCUUGACGGGCACCAACGUCAUGGACAUCCAGGCCAUUUUAGUUAGAGCCACAGAGAGAUCAUGAGAGCUCCCUCUGCAGAUACCCAGGUGCAUUUAAUUAGGACUGGGGGUAAAUGAAGGCAUCAACACUGCAGGCCGAUGUAAACUACUUAAAUUAGGGCUUGCUGUCAUGGCUGCUAAUAUCUUUGACAGAAAGAAUCCACUAAUUAAACACAUGAGUGGACAUCCACAGCAAAAGCAAGCACUUGUAAUUGGGAUCAGAGGAAGGUAAGAGGUCACCUAACGGACACAGAGGCCACAUUUAACACUUCUGCUGAGAGCUGCCACUCCUGUGUCUGCUCCAGCUAUAGAUAAAAGACAUGGGGAAGCGAGGCCAAGGUACGGCUGCCAGGGAGAGCCCUCACUGCAGCUGUGGCACCUCCAGUGCCCCCAGCUCAAAAUCAGCUCAUCAGGGGGGCUUUUGCAGGUUCACAGGAGUGCAUCCCAGUGACUGAAGGACAUAAAAGCAAUAGCAAGGCCUGCCCAGCUGGAGGUAUGGAUGUGCUGGGCGGACGCGGUGGGGACACCCAACACCGUGCCAGCACAGUGCCCUGCAGUUCCUCUCACACCAGGGUACCUGAGGCAACGCAGACCCUGAUCCCAGCACAACGCACACCCGGCAGUGCAGCUCAGGAGCACACUGGCCCAGAGCAGCAUUUUGUCUCACACGGGUGACACAAAAGCAGUGCACAGUGACACAGAAGCUGGUAUACCUUCACGGGGCAGCAAAAGGAAGGGGACGAUAGGGGUGCAGCAGCAAGCCAGCUGAGUGGAGUCCUUCCUCCUCCAGACACCUUCCCCACUGAUCCCACCAGGAGAGCCUCCACGCCAGCAGCACGGACGCUGUGAGCUAUCACCGUGGUGUUUUCCAGCUGCCUAGAAAACAGUUGCACAUCCAGCCUGAGCCACUGACCUUUCUCCUGCGCCGAGGCAGAAGUCGCUGUCACUCUGAUUAACUCCACUAAUUCCGCAGAACAAAAGGCAAAGAAACCUUCCUGCUCGGCUCUCCUGACCCACGCUGCUGAGCUGAUCAAAGGGCAGAGCUGCCAGAGCCCUGCUUUGACAGGGAGCUGCUUCCCCGCAUGUGUAAGG